AGUUUAAGGAAGUGUUGAAAUACAGAACUCAGAAGAAUCGAUUACAUUCUUAUUUAUCAUUAUUAUUUCUUAUUAAAGAUCUCCAGAUUCAGCUGAGGCGUCCGGAUUAGGGUGGAUGCUCCUCUCCCGAAAUGAAGGACCCAAAACCCAGCGCGGAGCCUCCACGCUUCUCCAGCUGCACCGGCCCCGCCCUGGAGAACCGGAUCCUGACCGAGGCCUCGUCGUUCCUGCUUCAGCCCCGGUCCAGUCUGACCUCCUCGUGUCCUGCGCUGCUCCCGUCCAGCCUGUCCUCCACCUCGUCCUCGUGCCCCCUGCUGUCCACCUCGUCCGACCUGCUCCGUCCGUCCUCGGCUCUGACCGGCACCGAGAACACCCUGCUGAAACGGAAACCCCUGCUCGUCCCCUCCCUCUGCUCUCCGUACCCUCUGAGCCCUCUGAUUCGGAUCACAGCGCCCCCUUCUGAUGGAUGUCUGACCGCCGAACCUAAAGAUGUGAAACUGGAAGAAAUGGACUCGUGCUCCAGCGAGGAGCUUCAGUCCAGCGGAGGGGAGAGUGAAGAGGGUUCUGAUGACGAGGAGCAGCCGGAGAUGGACGUGGAUCCGCCCGCUGAGAUGCCGGUGCUGGACCUGGGACUGACCGAGGACGGAGAGAAGCAGAAACUGGAUCUCAGUGAAGAGUUCAGGCCGGUCGAUACCGGAUCUGAUGAUCAUGCGGAAAUUCUAAAAGAGACGAAGUACCAGUUCCUGAACAUGGUCUGCUGCUCCCUGGUGCAGAAGAACCUGCAGCCCGGUCAGCUGGGCUGGAACUGCAGCAACUCUCUGUGGUACCACCUGGAGAAAAUGGGCGCGUGGAUCACCCCGAGCGACCCCGAGUUCCUGCUGAAGGUGGCGGUUUACACCAGACAGGAACUGAACAUCCGCAUCACCGCCAACUUCCUGCUCGCCCUGGCUGCCCACCUGCCCGACUCCAAACCUCACCUGAGGAGGUAUUUCUGCGCCGCCGUGCAGCUGCCGUCCGAUUGGCUGGAAGUGACGAGGAUUUACAGCACGUGUUUCAGUAAAUCUCUCCCGUCGUGUCUGAAGAAAGCGCUGACGGAUAAAUUCCAGCAGUUCAGCGAGUACCAGCUGGCCAAGUACAACACCCGCAAACACCGCUGCAAACACAACAAGAAGAAGAAGCGCAAGGAGGUUUCGGACAAGCGGUGGGAGGAAUGGGCAUGUCUGAUUAAAACCGACGUCCCUUCUCUUCAGAGAUACCUUCAGACGCAGCAGCGCUCGGCGGUGGACAAACAGCAGAGCGAGUUUAACAUGAAGAAAUUUAUAAAGCGCCUCCACAUCAAGCAGCCGGCCGAGUUCGUCAUGAGCAUUCUGGGAAAGAGGUACCCGGCGGAUGCCAGGGCGUUUUGGCGCAGUGGGCUCAGUGGGGUGUGGGAGAGUGAGAGAGCCAAUCAGAGGAUGAGACUGAAGCAGCCCGAGACCUGGGAAACCCGACUGAGUCAGGAGGGGAACACGGCGGCUACCUGGGAGAAACUCAUCGAUAAUAACGCUCUGCCCUUCAUGGCCAUGCUGAGAAACCUGAGGAACAUGAUCACGCAGGGCAUCAGCGCCAAACACCACGACAAGAUUCUCAAACGACUCUGCUCCAAGUCGGCUGUGAUCCAGAGCAGGCAGUUCCCGUUCCGCUUCCUGUCGGCUUAUAAAGUCAUUAUGGAGCUCAAGAAGUUCGUCGGCGGCCCAGUAAAGCCUUCAGUCAGCAGUAAGGAAAUCCUGCGUGGGAUCUUAAAGAAGAUGCCAAAGAGCCGUAAAUAUCACAAUUCUGAUUGGACGCAGGCGAGUCGGAAGAAGCUUCGCUCUACGCUCAGUGUGCCCUUCGUCCGACGCGUUUACGACAUGAAGCGUAAAUACCAGGAGAAGGCCAGUCAGAGGCGCUACAGCGCGGAGCUCCUGCAGCGAUACGCUCAGGCUCUGGAGGAAGCCGUGCAGAUCUCCUGCAGGUACAACGUCCCUCCGCUGUCAGGAUCCACGCUCAUCAUCUUCCUCGACCACUGGCGGAUCCAUGAAGAAUGGACGGGAGCUGAUUUCUGCCUCCCUCCUGACCCCACAACUGACCCGGCGAACACCAGUCUCACUGCCUCGCCCAAAGAGGCGGCGCUGCUGCUGGCCAUGAUGAUCGGCCACUGCUGCGAGCACCCACAAUUCCUCCUGGCGGAUCAGGAAGGGGUUCAGGAGCUCAGACUGCAGUCUGACAGCCUUCUGGAGAACGUGAGGAGCGCCAUGGAGAAACUCUCGGAAUUUUCUGAAUCGACUCAGAAGACGCAUCCCAGUAACUUCUUCUCCAAACUGCUCGAGGAUAAAGCAAAGGUGGAUAACAUCAUCAUGAUAGACGAGUAUUCUGUUGACUUGGUCUUAAGCGCGGAGGUUGAGAGGUUCAGGAAGGAGUCGAUCUGUCAGCCGUUAUGUGUGAACAUCUUAAUCAGAGGAUAUAACUUUGCAAAUGAGCGUCAGAAAUCCGACACCGUGACGCUGUACGGAUUCAGCGAGCAGAUGAUCAGGUUCAUAUCAGAACGAGGUUCCUCCAGGUUUUUGGAUCACGUGGAGGGGAUGGACAAACUGCACAACAUUCCACCUCCUGCAGGAGCUCCUGCAAAACCAGAGAGGACUGCAGAUGUUCUGCCACUGCCAGCUGUUCCCAAACUAAGGUGGCAGGGCGUGCGGGUCUUCAUCUCGUCUACGUUCAGAGACAUGCACGCCGAGCGGGACGUGCUGCUGCGUAGUGUCUUCCCCGAGCUGCGCCGCCGUGCCGCCACGCUGUGCCUCCACCUACAGGAAGUGGACCUGCGCUGGGGCGUCACAGAGGAACAGUCGGCCCGCGCCACCGAGAUCUGCCUGAGCGAGGUCUGCCGCUCACAGCUGCUGCUGGGGAUUCUGGGAGAGAGAUACGGCGUGGUGCCGCCCCGACCAUCGCUGCCCGAGCUCCCUCAGUACGGCUGGCUGAGCUCGGCUCCUGACGGGCUCUCGGUCACAGAGAUGGAGAUCCGCCAGUUCCAAGCGGUGUUUCCCGAUUCUGCUCAGAGUCGCAUGUUCUUCUACUUCAGAUCUCCUCAGCUGGUCAGCUCGGUGCCCGAGGAAUGGAGGUCAGACUUCGUGGCCGAAUCCGAGGAAGCCGCGGCUAAGAUGUCGGAUCUGAAGACGCAGAUCCGCAGCGACGGGUUCAAGGUCACGGAAAAUUACCCGUGUGAGUGGGGUGGAGUGGUGGACGGAAGAGCCUACCUCAGAGGACUGGAGGAUUUCGCCAAGGCGGUGCUGGACGACCUCUGGAGCGCGUUACAGAGCAUCUUUACAGAGGAAUCGGACGAGGCCGAUCUGACGUCCGAGAUCAAGGAGCAGGAGGCGCAUCAGGACGCUCAGUGCCGCCACUUCUACGGCAGAGCCAAACUCAUCUCGCUGGCGAAAGAGAAAGUUCAGGAGUGCCAGAAGAACGGAGGGGUUCUGCUGGUGGACGGAGCGGCGGGACUCGGCAAGACGGCGUUUAUGGCUGCUCUCGCUCACUCACUACAAACUCCAGACAAGAUGAGAACAGCACCCGUAUGUGACGUCAUAUCCUACUCCACGGCCCCUAGCCAAUCGGCUUGUGCUGUGGAAACGCUCCUGCGCUGCCUGGUCCAAUGGCUGAAGAGGAGGGGGGAGCAGGAGGAGGCGCCGCCCUCAGACACGCCGUACAGAGCGCUGCUGUCAGAGUGGCACUGCCAGCUGCGCGAGCUGAAGAGAGGACGACCGCUGGCCCUGCUGGUGGACGGAGCCGAUCUGGUGCGCGACCCCAGAGGUCAAGCGGUUUCUGAAUGGAUCCCAGAACGUCUUCCCAAGGGCGUGUGUCUGGUGCUGAGCGUCGCCUCAGAUUCAUCCCUCCGGGCGGCCCUGAGCAAGAAGAAGAACUGUGUAGCGCUCCCGGUAGGUGUGUUACCUCUGCCCGACCGGAGAGAGAUCGUUCAGAAGGAGCUGAGCACCUACGGGAAGAAACUGAGCGACUCCGCCUUCAACAACCAGCUCCAGACUCUGCUGAUGAAGAAAGGAGCGGCGAGUCCACUGUACCUCCGACUGGCCUGUGAGGAGCUCAGGAACUACGCCUCCUUCGAGAAGAUGAAGGAGAACCUGCAAAAUCUCCCGGUGACCCUGAGUGAUCUGGUGCAGUUCGGGUUGACCAGGCUGCAGGACCAGUACGGAGGUGCAGGACUGGACUGGGCACUGGCCGCUCUCACCGUCAGCACCACCGGUGUGAGGGAGCAGGAUCUUUACGCCCUGCUGAACCUGUGCACCGACCUGAGCUCCACUCACGCCCCCCUCGCCUGGCACAAGGUGCUUCAUCUGGCCCGGAACCCAAAAACCCGGGUGCCCAUGGCCACCUUCUCCCGGCUGGCCCGGAGUCUGCGCAGUCUGAUGGGCUCAGCGCUCAGCCGGGAGCCGGACGAUCCUCUGAUCCUCAAACAUCCAGACGUCCGGUCGGCCUUCGAGCGUCUUUACUGCCCGACGAUGGAGAAGAGGAGGCGAGCUCACGUCAUCCUGGCAGCUCAUCUGUGGGUGCGGUCGGACCCUCUCGGGCGGGGCACGUUCCUCCACUGCGACGCCUCCGCGCUCCUCCAGCUCCCGGAUCACCUGAUGAAAGGAGCUCAGUGGCCGACCGUCGACGACCUGCUGUCCAGUUUCUACUUCCUGUACGCUAACGUGCACCACGGCUUCCUGCCCCGCCUCCUGGAGUACUACGUUCACUUCUGUGAGUCGAGCGAGCUGAAGGACCGCCGAGCGUUUCUGAAGCGCCACGCCCCGCUGCUCUCUCAUUGGCCGGCUCUGUUUGUACAGCAGGCCUUAAACGAACCGCGCGACUCGGCCGCUCACGUCUGGGCUCAGAACGCGGUGGAGGAGGGAAACGCCGCCGUCGUCAGGUGGAUCAACAACACGGAGAAACCGCCGGAGGAGAGCGGUGAGCUGGUGUCCACGUUCCUCUGGACUCCGUCCUGUGUGGCUCUGAGUCCUGCUGGACUCUACGUUGCCGUGGGGACAGAACGGGGCUCCCUGCACCUCUUCCACUCCCAAACCAACCAGGAAGUGAAGUCACUGGUCAGUAGCUGUGACGGCAUCUCGGGCUGUGUGUUCCUGGAUGAGGGCGUGGUCUGGACCACCUCCUACGACGGACAGGUGGAGGUGUGGGACGUCCACAGUGGAUGCAGGACGGCCCACCUGAACGCCCACUCCAACAGGAUCACAGGAUGUGAUGUCAGUUCAGACAGGAAGCACUUCGCCACCGUCUCCUUGGACUUUAAUCUGAAGGUGUGGGCCUCUCAGAGAGGUACUCAGGUGGUGUCUCUGCAGAACCCCGCCCCUCUGAACUGUGUGGCGUUUGACCCGGAGGGUUCGGUCCUGGCCGUGGGCUGCUGGGACGGGACGGUGCGGCUCUGGGACUGGAUCAGACAGGAGACGCUCACGACUCUGUCAGGACACCAGUGUUCAGUACGCAGCGUGACCUUCUCCUCCUCCUCCUCCUCCUCCUGCGCCUCCUCCUCCUCUCUCCUCUGCUCCGGGGGGCUGGACGGUGAGGUCAGGCUGUGGUCAGUAGCGGCUUCCACCUGUGUGUGGCGCUCUCGUGCUCACCGCGGCUCCACUGAGACUCUGCGCUUCCUGUGUGAUGGAGAGACUCUGCUCAGUGCUGGACACGACGGCAUGGUCCAGUUGUGGUCAGGAGGUCUCGGCUGCUCAGUGGCCGUGUUGGGAGAGGAGAAGAAACUGCUGAAGACGUCGGCGUCUAAACACGUGGCCGUACCGGAGGGCGCCGCUCUCUGCGUGGCGGUCAACGGGCACCACGCUGCUGUGGGUUACCAUGGAGACGGGGUCAAAGUUUACAACCUUCAGUCCGGUGAACGUGUCUGGACCACCGAGGACCUGCGGGUGUCCGUGUCCUGCGUGUUGUGGCUGCAGGACGAAGGAUCCAUGUUCCUGCUCUCUGGGGGAUUUGAUCAGCGUCUGCGUCUCUGGAGAAAACAGGAAGGAACCGAGGAGAACCUGGAGCUACGAGGAGCGUUCGGGAUCCAGAAGGGAGCUGUACUCGCCCUCGACCAAAACUCUACUUACGUGGCUUCUGGAUCGGAUGACUUCACUAUCGCACUGUGGCUGAAGAGAGAUUUGACCUCCGACCCCUGGGUUGAACCGAGAGCGGCGAAUGUACUGAGGGGUCACCAAGGAGGGGUCACCUGUCUGUCCUUCAGUCCAGGAGGAGAUCAGCUGCUGUCAGGAGGAAAAGAUCAGGCUCUGAUGGUGUGGGAUAUGAACUCAUCUCCUCCGGUUCUCUCUCACUCUUUACCGUACUGUCACGGGGACUGGAUCACCGGGUGUGCGUGGAGUCUGUCGGCCGUGCUGAGCUGCUCCAACGACUGCAGACUGCGACUGUGGGACAUCGCGACAGGAAGCUGCAUCAGAGAAGUCCCGACUACUUCCUCUCUCAGCACGCUGUGCUGCUGGGACGACUACGUGAUGCUGGGAUCCGCCGACGGACUGCUGACCGUCUGGAAAUCCGAUCUGGGCGUGAUCGCCGAGAUCCGAGCGCACGGUUCACGCCUCCACCACACCGCCGUCAUCUCCAAACCAGGACUGAACCGGAAUACAGACGAGCUGCUGAUCUCUACAGCAUCUGAGGAUGGAACCGUGAAGAUCUGGCAACCACUACAGGUGGAGCAUCGCAGCACUCUGCUGGGUCACAGCGCCGGUGUUCAGGCUCUAACCAGCGGCGGCGGCCCACAAUUCCUCACCGUGUCCGAGGACCGCUCCCUCCGAGCCUGGACUCUAAACACAGUGAUGCCACCGAGGCAGAUGGAGUGUGUGAGUGUGUUGUGUUUCCUGCAGGACGAUGUGUUGGUGUGUGGGUACAGUACGGGGAGGCUGGAGAUUUGGCGGCACUCUUCACGUCUCUACUCUGAUAAGGUGAGUGAGAGCUGUGUUCGGGCGGUGACAGGAUUACCGGACGAUCAGGUCGCGGUCGGAUGCGGUGACUGUACAGUGAGUGUGUGGAAGCUCCUGAGAGACUCACGCCGCUCCAUCACGGGUAUGUCUGAAGUGAUGGUGUACACAUUGGCAAACAACGUGAAGUUCCUGCAUUAUUACACCACUCUGCUGGGGGUGUGUGUGGACUCCAUGAUCAUCGACGUCUUCUCCACUGUCAAAGAAGAACGCCAAGAAAUAGACGAGUUGAAGUACCGCUUGCGUGUUUUGGCAGUUAAAAGAAGUGCUGAGAACGGACUGUGCAUACUGGGAGAAGAAGUUCAAGAGAUCAAGACAGCACGUCUGAUGGUUCUCGACCCUAACGCCCCCCUCAGCUCGGGUUUUAAGUACGAUCAGGUUGAGGACGCAGAGCUUAGUUUGCGUUCUGAAGAUGAUGAGGAGAAGGAGGAGGAGGAGAACCAGAUGGAGAGGAUCGACACCAUCAGUCCGCGAGCUGAAGAUGAGGAGGAGAAGCAGACGGAGAGGAUCUACAGCAUCACCGCCGCCGCUACACACGACGAACUGACCGUGUGUGGAGACUCCAUCGGGAACAUGUGGUUCAACCAGCCGCCGGACCUGAAGGCCUGGAGUCCCCGGAGACCGGCUCACAGUGACAGGAUCAGUGCUUUACAUCUCACCACCAACACCAUCGUCUCAGCUUCCUACGACAGGACCGUCAAACUGUGGGACAGGACCACCAAGAAACAGGUGGGACUGUUUGUGUGCGCUGCACCGGUGGAGGUUCUGCAGGUGAACCCCAAUGACUCGAGUCAGGUGGUGUGUGGAGAUGCACUGGGGCAGAUCUACUUCCUGUCCUGGACAGGAUGAGAAACACCUCCACGCUGCACCCACCAGUCAACACACACCUCAUGAGUUCAGUCAGAUCCUUCAGGAUGGAAAAACACACCUGAACACUUACACAUUUACUCACAUAGGAACAGUUCAGAGCAGCCAAUCCACCCACUGCAUGUUUUGGUUGGUAGGUAUGUCUUUAUAGAGCUUGCUUUGUGCCCCUCAUGCUGAAGCAGAAAAAGGCCUUCCCUAAACUGAUGCUGCAAAGUUGGAAGCAUAUAAUUUUUUCUAUAUAACUGAUUUAUUUAAACCUGUUAGCAACUGUUGUGGAUGAAACACAUGAAUUCAUGUUGAUAUACAGUAUAGAGCUGUUGAGAUGUAGCCAGAGCAACUACCAUAUACAGUCUGAUUGAGGUGAGGGACUAUAAAAAUCACCUGUAUAAAAAAAUACCUGGAUUAUUUUUUAGAACAUUUAAUUAUGAUUUAAUUAUUUCUUUAUGUGUUGGUAAGUGUGCAUGUUUCAAGGAAGGUUGCAUAUCUAAACUCUUGUGAUAUUAUUAUAUAUUAUUAUCAUGGUUUCACCUCCACAUUAUUUUCUUAGAACAGGAACAUCUACAAUCACCUAAUAUCUGUAGUCUCUGUAGCAGCGGGGGUUAUUUUAGGGGGUUUGUUGUCAAUGCUGUAGCUCAAUGUCCUCAUUACACCAAAGAUUACACUGUAUGUUAAGCUGGUUGGUGAUUUUCUGCUUCACUCUUUGUGUUUAAAGCUUUAAAUUAAUCUUUUGUAAUUCUGAAGGGCUUUACUAACUGUUUUGCUGCACUUUAGGAAUAAUAAAAAUGCACUAGAAGAGAAAACAUAAUUUAGAAUUAUUUUUAAAUACACACUGGUGAGCUUAAAUAUCAGGACCACCCACCUAAUAGCUGCCAGAACAGCUCUGACAUGUUGAGACAUCUGAAUCAGUCCAUCUGCUUUUGGUCCAGACACCACAGCCCUAAAGGUCCUCUGGCAUUAACGAGUCUUGGCCGCCCAACAACCUGUCGGCAAUUUGUGGCUCGUCAACCCAGUCGUCUGGUCCUUAUCAAGGUCAGUCUCGGUCUUGAAGCUGAUCAGAUCUGCUACACUGAACAGUGAAAUACAAGAAACCUCCAUCAGACCAAUGUUUAAUAGAUCUUUCACAUGCACCAUUGGUACCAAACAGGCAUUUUCAUGAAGGUUUUUUUGGGGGUGGCUCUAAUGUUUUGUCUCACCGGUGUAUAUACACUACAAAACAUAAUAAAGUGAAUGUUUACAUUAAAUGUAAUUCCUGUAAAAUUCGUUUGCUUUAAAGAUGCAAUAAAAUCAGCAAAGAAUG